AUGGCCAAUGCUCAAGAUCUCGCACUCGGUGAUGGGUGUUACCCGUUGUUUGACUUCAAUUUAGAAGGAUCGGCUUUCAAUGACAACUUCACGGUCGACGGAAUAUUUGCACCGGGUUCUGACGCCCUUGCCCAAGACCACAGCCUUGCAGAUGUUGGGAUGGCGACAUACGGCAAAUCACGCGCCCGAUUGAAGGAUUGGUGCGACUGGUCCAGCCACGGGCUGUCCCUCGAUGUUGUGACCGAGAGGCUCCCGGCCCUGCCAGACCCGGGUAUCGGAAUGGCGGCAGGUCUUUGGAUUGAGCGUUCGCAAGCCCAAAGUAGCGCAGACCUCAUCGUCCAGUCAUUAAGGGCUUUUCCCACUAUGAUGCUGCGCAGGGAGACGUUCCCCUGGUUCAUCCAUCCCCAGUCACAGCUCAUGUCGAAACCAGGAAGUGGUGCUACUGCUUUGCCUGACGCGAUAUCGACUUGCAUGGGUAUCGCGCAGAUAUUCACAGCACGGACACCGGAAACCAAGCCCUUUCUGUGGCGCAUCAUUAGGGGCGAGUAUCGCCGUUUGCUCAAUGAGAUGCACGAUAUGUCUAAAUUCGAUGUUCUCUUGGCUACGCAAGCCUGCAUGAUAUAUCUAGUCAUGUGCAUCAUUGAUCAUUCGUCCGAUAAUGAAGAGCAUGGCCAAGAGCUACUACGGGCCUUAUAUGUCCUCUGCAUCCACUUCAAAGAACUGGCAGGCGGACAAGGCGCCGGUAACGGCAGUCAAAGUGAGCUUUCAAGCCCAAGCCGCACCUGGGAAGAUUGGAUAUUUGCCGAAUCUCGACGAAGGCUCUCCAGCCUGUGGCUGCUCGUUGGCUGCGUCGUCUGUAUCAAAACGGGAGUUGCUUGCGAUCCAACCGGCAGCUAUCGGAGUAUUCCGCUUCCUGGGCCAAAGUCUCUUUGGAAAGCGUCGACGCAAUCUGCCUGGGAAGUCGAGUACGAGGCAAGCCGCAUGCUGCACGUCAAAGGGCUGGUAACCCUCGGUGACCUGGUCGAUAUACAACGAUCACCAUACACGCCCUUGAAUUCUGGAAAACUGGAUGUUUGGAAUGCAAGAAUCGACAAUCUUGGUUCUCUAUUGAAUCUGGUCCACACCAUGCUAUGA